AUGUCCAUCAACAUCCAACAAUCGCAGUUAGAGAAUACUACCAAGUUGGAUGUUAUCGACCCUUUAUUCAAUGAUCAGGAAUGUCAUGCCAAUGACACACAAGAAAACUGUAACAUGGUUAUUACAGAUGCAAUCCCAGUCUCUUACUGGAAUCCUGAACAUGACAAUCACUCAGUUGAAAAUAAGCGAAGGCGUGUAUCCACUGAAUUAGAGGAAGAAAUACAGAAGGAUUUCAGCAUUUGGGAAUUAUUUAAAACCGAGAACAUUGAAGAGAUUAAUGGUGAAGCUAUAGAUCCCCAAAAACUUCAAAAGAAUUUAAAAGGAUGGAAAAUUGAGAAGCGAAGGCGUUGUGGAAGCAAUGCAAAUGAAAGAAAGGACCAGUUUUACUGUCAUGAAAUUUCUAAAAGAAAACUUAGAUCGCUAGUGGAAGUAAGAAGAUGCGUGGAGGAGAAUUCAUAUCUGAGAAAGGAAUCGGAUAAUCCUGAAGACUCAAAGGUUGAUCUAAUCGAUGGGAGAAGCGUGUUGCCUAAUACAACUGAUGCAAUUGAGAGUCAUGGAAGAGUUGAAGAAUUGGAGAAAGAUAACAAACUUUCAAGAAAGUCAAAGCCUGUAACAUGCUCUAAGUGCCAUAAACAAGGACACAAUGCAAGGACCUGCAAAGGAUGA